UUUAGGAACUGUUUGCAACUGAGUUGAAACAUUUCUGCAGAAAGACGUUUGCUUAGGAGCAAUGGAGCCACGAGAGAGGCACCCUCAACAGAUAAGGCAAGUGCUGCUUUUCUUUGUUUUUCUGGGAGGGUCUUUAGUGUGUUCAGAGCCCUGGUGUUAUUCUGUUGCAGAGGAAAUGGAAAUCGGCUCCUUUAUAGCCAAUGUGGUGAAAGAUACAGGUUUGGGUGUUGAAGACUUGGUUGCUCGGGGGGCGAGAGUCAUCUUUGAUGACCAUAAACCAUAUCUACAAUUGGAUCAGCAGACUGGCAACUUGCUAUUAAGUGAACAACUGGACCGGGAGGCACUUUGCCAUCUCACAGAGCCAUGUAUAUUGCAUUUCCAGGCAUUAUUUGAAAAUCCUUUACAAUUUUUUCGGGCUGAGCUUUGGGUCAAUGACAUAAAUGAUCAUACCCCUGCAUUCCUAGACAAACAUAUACUUCUGAAAAUCUCAGAAGGUACUGCUCCUGGAAGCUCAUUUCCAAUGGACAGUGCCCAGGACUUGGAUGUAGGAAAGAAUGGUGUCCAAAACUACACAUUAAGUCCCAAUCCUUAUUUCCAUCUUAAAUUACAAGACAGUGAUGAUGGAAGAAAAUACCCAGAGCUGUUCCUGGACCAAUCUCUGGAUCGAGAAAAGGAACCUGAGUUUACAUUAACUGUAACAGCCUUGGAUGGUGGGUCUCCGCCCAGAUCCGGAACUACACUGGUUCGUGUUUUGGUUUUCGAUAUCAAUGACAAUGCUCCAGAGUUCGAGAGGUCUGUCUAUGAGGUUCAGGUACCAGAAAACAGCCCUCUGGACUCCUUGGUCCUUAGGGUGUCUGCUACAGAUUUGGAUGCAGGAAUAUAUGGAGAAAUAUCAUACUCAUUUUCCCACGUCUCCAGAGACAUACGGAAAACAUUUGAUAUCCAUCCAAUUUCUGGUGAAAUCCGCUUAAAAGCACUUCUGGAUUUCGAGUUAAUUCAGUCAUAUACAAUAAAUAUUCAGGCUACUGACGGUGGUAGCCUUUCGGGAAAAUCAGCAAUUUUAGUUCAGGUUGUUGAUGUGAAUGACAACCCACCAGAAAUAGUCAUGACAUCUCUUACCAGCCCCAUACCAGAAAAUUCGUCGCCUGAGAUGGUGGUCGCUAUUUUUAGCGUAAGAGACCAAGACUCUGGGGACAACGGGAGGAUGGUGUGCUCAAUACAGGACGAUCUUCCUUUUCUCUUGAAGCCUACCUUCAAGAAUUUCUACACCUUGGUAACAGAGCUGCCACUGGACAGAGAAAGCCAGGCGGAGUACAACAUCACCAUCACCGUCACGGACUUGGGGACCCCCAGGCUGAAAACGCAGCACAACAUCACCGUGACGGUGUCCGACGUCAACGACAACGCCCCCGCCUUCAGCCAAACCACCUACACCCUGCGGGUCCGCGAGAACAACAGCCCCGCCCUGCACCUAGGCAGCGUCAGCGCCACAGACGCAGACUCGGGCGCCAACGCCCACGUCACCUACUCGCUGCUGCCGCCCCAGGACCCGCAGCUGCCCCUGGCCUCCCUGGUGUCCAUCAACGCGGACAACGGGCAGCUGUUCGCGCUCAGGUCCCUGGAUUACGAGGCGCUGCAGGCGUUCGAGUUCGGCGUGCGCGCGGCCGACCGCGGCUCGCCCGCGCUCAGCAGCCAGGCGCGCGUGCGCGUGCUGGUGCUGGACGACAACGACAACUCGCCCUUCGUGCUGUACCCGCCGCAGAACGGCUCUGCGCCCUGCACCGAGCUGGUGCCCAGGGCGGCCGAGGCGGGCUACCUGGUGACCAAGGUGGUGGCGGUGGACGGCGACUCGGGCCAGAACGCCUGGCUGUCGUACCAGCUGCUCAGGGCCACGGAGCCCGGGCUGUUCGGCGUGUGGGCGCACAACGGCGAGGUGCGCACGGCCAGGCUGCUGAGCGAGCGCGACGCCGUCAAGCACAGGCUGGUGGUGCUGGUCAAGGACAAUGGCGAGCCGCCGCGCUCGGCCAGCGUCACGCUGCACGUGCUGCUGGUGGACGGCUUCUCGCAGCCCUACCUGCCGCUCCCGGAGGUGGCGGCGGCCGAGGCGCAGGCCGACCCGCUCACCGUCUACUUGGUCAUCGCCUUGGCGUCCGUGUCGUCGCUCUUCCUGUUCUCGGUGCUGGUGUUCGUGGCGGUGCGGCUGUGCAGGCGGAGCCGGGCGGCGUCUGCGGGUCGCUGCCCGGUGCCCGAGGGCCACUUUCCGGGCCACCUGGUGGACGUCAGCGGCACGGGGACGCUGUCCCAGAGCUACCAGUACGAGGUGUGUUUGACGGGAGAUUCAGGGAACAAUGAGUUUAAGUUCUUGAAGCCCAUCUUCCCCAAUAUUCUAAACCAGGACCUUGGGAGGAAGUCAGAGGGAAAUGCAACAACGUUCCACAAUAGUUUAGGUAUCUGAAACUUUCCUGUUUCCUUUAACAUUAGUUUUGUCUCCUUCCCCCCCCACUUUUUUUA